AUGGCCACAUCAUCAUCGGUAACAACUAUUGAACGAUUUUGUUUCGUAUUUAUACAAAUAUUAUUUUACGUAAUAUUAACAACAAUAUUUUAUAUUAAAUUUGAACAAUUUACUAAUAAACAAGAAAAAUUAAUUAAAACAAUUUUAAGUAAUAAUUAUCAAAAUUUAAAUGUAUCAUCGCAUAUAUUAGUGAAAAAAUUAUUUGAACAAUGUACCAAAUGUAUUAAACGUCGUCCAUGCAUGUAUAGAACACAAUUUUUAUAA